CGAAUGUGUAAUGUUUCCAUAGAACACCAGCUGGUUCAGUUAGUACAGGUUGCAAACGUACACCAGACGCAUUGGCCAAUAUUUCUACUUCUCAUAAUUCAGCACCGAACUCUGGCACAGUGCAGUCCAAUCAUCUUAUCGUACUUCCCGCAGCAUGGCCUCGCUACGCUUGAUAACACCGGAACUGGCGGAGAUAGCUAGAGAAGAGCUGAACGAGGUGACCAGCAGAAUCCCGGAGGACAUAGGCUCCUUGAAGGCUUGGCUUUCGAAGCAACCACAUCUUAAUCCACGCACUGACGAUCAGUUUUUGGUGAGUUUCCUUCGCGGGUGUAAGUACAGUCUGGAAAAGACAAAAGAAAAACUGGAUAACUACUAUACGGUGAAAUCGGCGCUUCCGGAGUUUUUCGAAAAUCGCGAUCCGUCGAAUGCGAAGAUUCAGGAAUAUGCGAGGCUUGGCGUAAAUUUACCUCUUCCAUACACGAUAGGAGCCGGAGGACCUCGGAUCAUGUUAGCACGAAUGGGAUGCUACGAUCCUAGUAAAUACUCUAUCGUUGAAAUAAUGAAAGUUUGUUACAUGAUCACCGAUUUGCUGCUAGUGAAUGAUGAUGUAUCCGUCAUUGCUGGCCACAUGGUGCUAGUUGAUCUCCGAGGUAUGUCCCUGUCUACGUUGGCUCAAUUUAGUCCUACCUUAAUCAAGAAACUGACAUCCGUAAUUGAAGCGUUUCCGAUCCGAACAAAAGGUAUUCAUUUCGUUAACCCCACAACGGGUUUUGAUGCUCUCUUUAAAAUGUUCCACGGGUUUCUAAGUAAAAAGAUUCAAGAGCGAAUAGGAGUGCAUGAGACAUUCGAAGCACUCCACAAAGUAAUUCCCAAACGUUAUCUUCCGGAAGAGUACGGUGGAAGUGGCGGAAAGUUGGAUAGCAUUAUCCACGACUGUACGAAUGAGAUCGUUGCAUACCGUGAGUUUUUCCUCGACGAUGCUCGCUAUCGAAACGACGAGAAAAAACGGCCAGGGAAACCAAAGAAUGCCAGUACUCUAUUCGGAGUGGAAGGAUCCUUCCGAUCGCUGGAAUUAGAUUAAAAAGUGCGAUUGUGUGUAAUAAAGUGAUUGAUGAUUUAUGGUGAGACUGUUCAA